AUGGAGUGUUGGGGUUUGAGUAAGUGUGAAUCAUGGUUAUAUUGGUCGUUGAUGAUACAUAUUCUUGUGGUCUGGCAAACACAAGGAGAUUGUAUAGAAGAGGAGAGAAAUGCACUGCUCGAAAUCAAAGCAUCCGCAUACGAUUCUAAAAUGGACCAUUUUCUCCCCACUUGGAUUGAUCAUGGUGGCGACUGUUGUGAUUGGGAGAGGGUCAACUGCAACAUAAUCACUGGACAUGUGACAGAUCUUUUCUUGUACAAUUUGAGAGGGAUGAAUGAUGUUGAUAUGGAGCUUCAAUCCAGAUACCAAGGGAACAAGUUAUGGCCAUUGAAUGUUUCCUUGUUUCUUCAUUUUAAAGAGUUGAAAACUCUCAAUUUGUCAUAUGAUUUUCUUGAUAAAGAGAUGAUUAUGAAAACAGGACUUGGAAGGCUAUCGAGUUUGAAUAAGUUAGAGACACUCGACCUUAGUAAGAAUUUUGAUCUUGACAACGACAUACUUCCAUCAUUGACGACACUCACUUCACUCAUAGUUUUGGAUCUUAGCUACACUGGAUUGAAUGGAUACUUCCCUACCAAUGAAUUCGCAGCUUUAGAAAACUUGGAGACGUUGGAUCUAACCCAAUGUGAAUUUAAUGGUACAGUUGAGAUUCAAGGUUUUGAGAGUGUUCCCAUAUUGAGCAAGUUGAAAACUUUAAAUCUUGGAUCCAACGAAUUUAAUGCAAGUGUUAUGACAUUUUUAAAUAACCUUUCAUCACUUAGAAACUUGGAUCUUAGCAACAAUCCAUUAUCUGGACUAUUUCCAGCUCAAGGAUUAGCUAAGUUAAUGAACAUAGAGAAGUUGGAUUUAAGUUAUACUGGGCUUGAUGGCACACCACAUAUCCAAGUUUGUAAGAGCUUAUCAAGAUUGAAAAAGCUAGAGAGUCUAGUUAUUUCAAAUAAUAAUUUCAACAAGAGCAUCAUAUCAUGCUUAAGUUCCCUCCCAUCCCUCAAGAUUCUCGAUCUUUCAUAUUCCGUGUCAUUGGGAGAAUCCUUCCCUGACCAAGAACUCCCUAAUUUGCACGAUUUGGAAGUCCUCCUCAUGACAAACAAUGGUUUCAAUGGAACACUACCAAUGAAGGCUUUGUCAUCUUUCCACUAUCUGGAGGUCUUAGAUUUGAGUGACAACAAUUUUGCUGGGAGCAUCCCGUCAUCAAUACAAGCAUUAUCUUCUCUUCGAGUUGUCUCAUUCACUAACAACGAGCUUAAUGGCUCAUUAUCUGAUCAUGGAUUAUGUGAGUUGAAGAACCUUCAAGAAAUGGAUCUUAGUCACAACAUGCUCGAUGGAAUCCUGCCUCAAUGCUUCAACAAUCUAUCAUCUCUUAAACUGCUCGACAUUUCUUCCAAUCGAUUCACGGGAAAACUUCCACCAUCACUGAUUGCUAAUCUAACAUCUCUCGAGUACAUUGAUUUUAGUUAUAACAAAUUCGAAGGUUCAUUCCCGUUUAGUUCAUUCUCCAAUCUUACAAACCUUCAAGCAGUUCAAUUCAUAAGCGCAAAUGACAGAUUUGAGAUGGAAACAGAAGAUCCUAUAGGUUGGAUUCCAAUGUUCCAAUUGAAAGUUCUUGUGCUCUCAAGCUGCAAUAUAAAUAGACAUAAAGGAGGUGUCGUUCCUACCUUUCUACUUCACCAACACAAGUUACAAGAACUACACAUACCUCACAACUCAUUGGAGGGAAAUUUUCCAAAUUGGUUGAUUGAAAAUAACACAAAUCUGGAAGUUCUUAAUCUAAGGAACAACUCAUUUGGUGGUGAUUUGAGUGAAUUACAGAUACUGGAUUUAUCCGAUAAUGAGUUAUCAGGAGAAGUACCAAAGGCGCUGCUUACAGAUCUCUCUCUUUUAAGCAUAUUAAAACUAUCAAACAACAAAUUCCAUGGCGAGAUACUCUCAGGAAACUUAAGCUUGGGUAACAUCGAAAGGGUCCAUUUAGAUAGCAAUUAUUUCACAGGGAAGAUUGGAAUCAAGAGUAAGAACAAGUUUGAAUUCAUGACUGUUCUCGAUAUUAGCAAUAACUUUUUUACAGGUGUCAUCCCUUCUUGGAUAAGCAACAUGGGUACAAUCGGUGCCUUUUCUCAACUUGUGAUAAGAAACAAUAGUUUUAAAGGUCGGUUUCCAUGUGGAACAGCGUCAUUCUCGUUUUUUGAUAUCUCACAUAAUUCCUUCUCUGGUUCGAUACCUUCUUGCUUAAACCUGCGACAUGUCGAGCAUCUUCAUUUGGGUUCUAAUAGAUUCAUCGGACCAAUACCGAGCUUCUUCCGUAAUUUGACUAGGGUUUUGACUUUGGACAUCGGCAACAACAACUUGUCGGGAAUCAUUCCUGAAUUUCUUGGUGACUUAUCUACACUAAGGAUUCUUCUUUUGAGAAAAAAUAAGUUUACUGGUUCUUUGCCGAAUCAUUUGUGUCAGUUAAGUGAUGCGAGUUUGAUAGAUUUAUCGGGUAACACCCUUUCUGGUUCGAUACCUAGUUGCCUACGAAACAUCACGGGUCCAAAAUACCUUGCUUUCAUGAAAGAAACUGUUUCAUCAUACCCUAUAAGUUCAUAUUACUAUUAUAAGGGUGUUCUAGAUAGACAAUUUACUAGUAAAGACCGCAGUGAAAUGUUUGAAAUACAAGAUGAAGUUCAGUUUACAACAAAAGGCCUCUCUCUCCCCUACAAGGGCGAUGUUCUUGAUAUCAUGUCAGGAUUGGAUCUAUCGAGUAACAAAUUAACAGGUGAAAUUCCAGAAGAACUAGGGUUUUUGAUCCAGAUUCGUGCUCUGAACCUGUCUCAUAAUCAUCUGACUGGACCCAUUCCGGUGACUUUUUCAAAUCUUGCAAAUAUUGAAAGCUUAGAUCUUUCUUCCAAUGGUUUGACUGGAAAAGUUCCAUCAGAACUGAUUAAGUUGACUUCUUUAUCUAUUUUUAAUGUUUCUCACAACAAUUUAUCAGGAAGACUCCCAGAAAUGAAAUCUCAAUUUGGUACUUUCACAGAGACGAGCUAUGAAGAGAACCCACUUCUUUGUGGACCGCCACUUGCGAAUAGAUGCAAGACUAAUUCAGUGUUUACCAAUCAAUUAGUUGAAGAAGACACUGAGAAAUGGUAUAACAUCGAUAUGACAUCCUUCUAUGCAAGUUCUAGUUCGACAUUUGUUGUGUUAUUAUUGGGAUUUGCCGCAGUUCUAUACACCAAUCCUCAUUGGCGUAGAAGGUGGCUAGAUCGAGUUGAAGAUUGUAUGUUUGCAUGUUAUUACUUCAUUUAUGAUUCAUAA